AUGGAGCUCCGUCCACUCCGUGUGACGAUCUUGCUUAUUUCACUUAUCCGAGUCGGACAAGCUCAAGCAGAGAUUAAACCAGUUCUGUCUGUGGAGCCGAAUUCACCACAAAUAUUCAGAGGAGAGACGGUUACACUCACAUGUAGGAUUUCAGGAGGAAAUGGACCGUACUACUGGUACAAAGAUGGUGGUUAUAGUCACAGAUCUGCUGAAAAUAACUACACUAUAAAUGUAGAUCAGAGUCACAAAUACAGUUGUUACGGGUCAGUUGAUGGACGGUCAACAACAUGGAGUAAUGAAGUGACUCUCUCAGUGAUAGAGACACCAAAAGCCGUUCUGACUCUGCAGCCUGAUGGACAGAUAUUCAGUGGACAGGAAGUCACUUUCACAUGUGAAAUACAAGGACAUGCAGACACGGAGUGGAUGUACCACUGGUAUAAAGAUGGUGUCCAAAUAUUCUCCUCUGUUGAGAACAGUAAAUAUUCAUUCACUGCUGUAGAGUCUCUCAGCGCUAAAUACACCUGCAGCGGACGAAGAAGAAACGACUCUCAGACCUCAGAGACCAGCAACACUGUUACACUCACUGUGUCAGAAAAACCCAAACCGACUGUGAGAGUGAGUCCUCAGAGCUCCGUCUACACUGGAGACAGAGUUACUCUGAACUGUAAUCUGCUGUCUAAUGGAUGGAUUUUUCUCUGGUACAAAGAUCGAGUCCAAGUAGCUGAAGACACCAACACACUCCAUGAUACAGUCUCUAAUGCAGGAGAAACAGUGUAUCAGUGUAAAGCACGCAGAGGAAACUACGACUCAGAGCUCAGUGAUCCAGUUACAGUUACAGUUAGAGCGCUCCCAAAACCUGUGGUGUCCAUAAAUCCUGAUGAACAGGUGUACAGAGGAGAGACUGUCACUCUCAGAUGUGACAUACAGGAUGAAGAGGACUCUGACUGGAUCUACGGCUGGAAUAAAGAUGGUUCUGGUGUCAGUAGUGAACAGGAGUACAGAAUCAGUAGUGCUGAAACAUCUCAUGCAGGCAAAUACACCUGUAGAGGAAGAGAGAGAGGAGGCUCACACUCCUCACACACCAGUGAUGCUGUUACACUGACUGUAUCAGGUUUUACAUACAAUACUGUUAUAGUAUUUGUGGCUGUGGGACUGAGUUUGGCCUUUCUGAACAUCAUCCUUUUACUGAUCGUGCGCUGGUGGUACAAAUCCAACAAAGAUGAAGAUGCUGGACCCAGUGAUGUGAUUUACACUGAGCUUGAACUCAAGCCACAGAAAAAAGCACAGAAAAAUCAAGUGAAGGCCAAUGUGGAAUGUGAAACUGUUUACUCACAGCUGAAGCAGAACACAUAGGUGCUGGAGGAGUGAAUACACAACUGAACAGACGAGAGAGAAGAGAGAGAGAGAAGUUCAUCAUGUGUGCAGUGACAGUAAAAUCGGAGUGAGAUUGUUUUGUACAGGUUCUUUGCACUUAUUUGGCUUAAAAUGUGUGUGGGGAAUAAGAACGUGUGUAUGGACAGCAUUAAGAAGUAUUUACAGGGUGUAUUUUAUUGAUUACUUGUGCCACUAUUAGGACUGGUUGUAAAGCAAUAGGGUUUAGUAGUAAUAGUAAGAGUAAUAAGUCAAUGUGACUGAACUUUUAUUCUUGAAAAUGUUUUUUCACUCAUGUGAGGGGCUUCAUCAGGUCAUCUGUGUGCAGUUCACACCUACAGAACUGAAAGUCACAUACAGAGAUACACUGAUGUAUUUUCCACCACACUGUACAACCACAAUCUGCAGCCUACAGUUAAAAAGAUCAUGUAUCAUUUCAUAAUAACAAAUAUCAUUUCAUGGUUUCAUUGUAUUAAGCAACACUUUAAAUAAAUGCAUGCAGAUAUCACAAAGCACAAGAUGAAUAUAUAUAUCACAAACCCUAAACUGUGUGCACCAAAUGUGUCUGUAAUGUCACACGUCUUCCCUGAAACUAUCGUUUUAAUGUAUUUUUAUUGCACUGUAACAAGCCUGUUUGAAAAGUCAUGUGCAUAGAGUGUACAGUUUUAUCUCCAGCAAACGUUUGUACUCAUCUCCAUCCAUGUGGACAUAAGCAGUAUCAGUAUAUGUAAAGUUAGAGGUGCUCAGUACAGUGCAAUCUCUCAAUUUAUUUACUUGGUAUUUUAAUGUAUUUUUUUUCUUUGGUUUAAAUUUGUAAGCAUUUCAGCAAUUACAGUUGUACUUUUAGGUCACACAAAUGAUACCCUGCAUUAAAAUAUACAUGCAUACAAAGCAGCUGUAUUUUAUUAAGGGGCGUUAUUCACUGAUUAACCUCCAGUUGCUUUACAAGUGAUGACAUCCUAUGAAACAAUGCAUUAAUUCAUUCUUAUGCAUCAUUAUUGUUGUACUCUACAAGAAAAAUACCUGCAUUGCAGUAGAAAUCAUCAGCUCUGUUUCUCAUUAAUAUUAUGUUUAAAAAGUGGCUAAAGCAAAACAGAGAGCAUGAAACAUUUCAGAUGAGGAAAUAUUUUAUCAAUCCUGCAUCACACAGACUGUGAAUAAAGUCUACUGUAAGAUAUUGCAAAUUUAAAAACAAAACAAUAAAAAAAAAAUGCUUUCAUGUAUUUUCUGUAUAAAGAAGGUCAUUUUUAUUACCUUUACACACUUGUCAAAAGAUUACAACAGUGCCAUCUUCUGGGUAUAAUUCAUUUUUAGAAAAGUCUA